GCUGCAGUGACGUAACGUUUCCACAACGUCGCAACAAGGCCAAGAAAACAAAAUAUCAUCACCUCUAUUAACAUCUUUUAAUAAAAAUUAAUUGUCUUGAGUUCACCGUCCCGGUAAGUGGAGUUUCUUAUUGAAUUUUAAAAAAAACAACAAAACAAACAUGACGAGAUGUCGUUUGAGAUCAUUUAAAUGAAAGCCAAUUUGAGUACACGAAGCAGCAUAGCAUCGGUAGGGCCCAGUCUAGACAAUGUUCACAAAGGUGUUUGCUAAUUAAACCAAUAAGAGUAGACUCAGUACAGUAGAGGAUGCAUUAAAAACCAAGUCAACAAACAAUGGUAAAGACAUUGACACAAAAUAAGAUUGUCAAAAUGGCGGAAAUACUGGAGUUUUCUUAUACCACUUACAAUUACACUGUGCGAUUUAUGGCGCGGCCUGCGGCUUACUUCUUAUCAUAAUCACUUUUCAAAGAAUGAAAACCCCAAAAUCCUAAGUCGGGAAAAGAAUAAAGUACCAGGUUCAGAAAUGGUUAGGGGCAACCAGCGUUGGCACUCUCAAUCUUGACAGAUGGCAUAGUUGGUUGGCAGCAGGUGUUGGGGAAAUACCCAGAUGAACCCAGCUCUAAAAUAAAAAGGAUUACAUGGUAGAGACUAUUGUGAUCAAGGUAGGUAGAGACUGCGAUGCUAGAGAACUAUCGUGAUCAAGGUAGGCGAAAGCUUGACAUGCAAAACUAAACUAAAGAACGAGAAACAAAGAGACUUGGCUCAAGUCAACUCAAUUCGGUGGACAGGAAAUCCUUUGACAUCUAAAACAUAUUUACCCGAAGUGUUAAGUUCAAGUCUUGUUUUAAAUGGAACAUAUUGAUUACAGGCAAGUUACUAUUUAUAGACACAGACUCUAGGCUGAAGAUUUUUUAAGAGAAAAGAAAGAAUCUAUAAGCCAUACAUUAACAUUUCUACUAGAUAGAGGGUCUACUGCUCUCUACUAGAGGGUCUACUGCUCUCUACUAGAGGGUCUACUGCUCUCUACUAGAUGGUCUACUGCUCUCUACUAGAUGGUCUACUGCUCUCUACUAGAUAGAUGAUCUACUGCUCUCUACUAGAUGGUCUACUGCUCUCUACUAGAUGGUCUACUGCUCUCUACUAGAUAGAUGGUCUACUGCUCUCUACUAGAUAGAUGAUCUACUGCUCUCUACUAGAUAGAUGGUCUACUGCUCUCUACUAGAUAGAUGGUCUACUGCUCUCUACUAGAUAGAUGGUCUACUGCUCUCUACUAGAUAGAUGAUCUGCUGCGCUCUACUGGAUAGAUAGUCUGCUGCUCUCUACUAGAUGGUCUACUGCUCUCUACUAUAUAGAUGGUCUACUGCUCUCUACUAGAUAGAUGGUCUACUGCUCUCUACUAGAUAGUCUACUGCUCUAUACUAUAUAGAGGGUCUACUGCUCUCUACUAGAUAGAUGAUCUACUGCUCUCUACUAGAUAGAUGGUCUACUGCUCUCUACUAGAUAGAUGAUCUGCUGCUCUCUACUAGAUGGUCUACUGCUCUCUACUAGGUAGAUGGUCUACUGCUCUCUACUACAUAGAGGGUCUGCUGCUCUCUACUUGAUGGUCUAUUGCUCUCUAAUAGAUAGAUGGUCUACUGCUCUCUACUAGAUAGAUGGUCUACUGCUCUCUACUAGAUGGUCUGCUGCUCUCUACUAGAUGGUCUACUGCUCUCUACUAUAUACAGGGUCUACUGCUCUCUACUAGAUAGAUGAUCUGCUGCUCUCUACUAGAUGGUCUACUGCUCUCUACUAUAUAGAGGGUCUACUGCUCUCUACUAGAUAGAUGAUCUGCUGCUCUCUACUAGAUGGUCUACUGCUCUCUACUAGAUAGAUGGUCUACUGCUCUCUACUAGAUAGAUGAUCUGCUGCUCUCUACUAGAUGGUCUGCUGCUCUCUACUAGAUGGUCUACUGCUCUCUACUAUAUACAGGGUCUACUGCUCUCUACUAGAUAGAUGAUCUGCUGCUCUCUACUAGAUGGUCUACUGCUCUCUACUAUAUAGAGGGUCUACUGCUCUCUACUAGAUAGAUGAUCUGCUGCUCUCUACUAGAUGGUCUACUGCUCUCUACUAUAUAGAGGGUCUGCUGCUCUCUACUAGAUGGUCUACUGCUCUCUACUAGAUAGAGGGUCUACUGCUCUCUACUAGAUAGAAGGUCUACUGCUCUCUAGUAGAUAGAGGGUCUACAGCUCUCUACUAGAUAGAUGAUCUAAUGCUCUCUAACAAACUCGUAGUUUUGAAAUGGGUAGUAAUAAUGAAGGAUUUUUAAUGUGGACCAUCAAUUACCUAUUUUCCGUAAUUCAUUACACUAAAUGAGAUGUAAUACACAUGACAUAAUUUUACAAAGAUCUCCAGUACCAUCAUCACGAAUAAGACUAUUUAGGUUGAAUUAUAUAAUACAAACUUCAGAACGGUACUAUGAGCAAUAUUCCCCUUAAGCUGCGCGGCUUCGCAGCUCACUCACAGACGCCGCGCAGCAGUUUUGAAUAUCCGCGCAGCAAAUUUCCAUGUAAGUGUGGGUUUGUGUUUGUAGGCUGUAAAAUUUUGCACACAAAAGAAAUUGAUGCUGUAAAACUUUGCACACAACUGUGUGAUUUUUGCACACGAACCAGCAAACCUUUGAGGGAACAUUGACUAUGAGUACAUUAUAUAAUCCAACUAAUAAGUUAUAUAAUCCAUGAUUACGAGUGACUUGGAGACCCCUUGCAACUUUUCGUUUUAGGUUGCUCCAGAAUUCAAAAUAAAGCCGGUCCUACAGCUAUUUAGUCAAGGUACGGGCUAUUGGCUUGGUUCACCAUAGGUACUGGCGACAUUGAUUAUGGUGAUUUAAUGAACGGCUUGGGGAACCAUGAGACACAAUGACAUUCGUAUGUCAUGGACUGUGUAGAACUAAGUAGGACUUAAAUGGAUGGAAGAAGGGGGGGGGUGUCCGCACUUACGAUUAUUACAUUUGUUUUUAGAAAAGGGUACCCACUCCCCACCACCUAUUACCACAGGUUUAGUCAGGGAAGGUCCCCCACCAGAGCACCUAUUGCCACAAGUUUAAUCAGGGAAGGUCCCCCCUCCCCCACCAGAACACCUAUUACCACAAGUUUAGUCAAGGAAGGUCCCCCACCAGACAUCAUAAUGUCGUUUUUGUUAUUCAGGGAAGGUCCCCCACCAGAACACCUAUUGCCACAAGUUUAAUCAGGGAAGGUCCCCUUCCCCCACCAGACCCCUCAAUGCCGCUUGUUCCGUCAAUAAACAUAUGCUUCCUAACGUCCAGGUACCAACAUCUGAUAAAGUGAACUUCUGACAAGGGGCGUCCGUUUGGCAAGUGACAUCAGCAAAGAUUGCGUCUGAAAAUACGCUUGGAGAGAACACUUGUUUGAAGUCAGGCGAAAGUGAAACACCGGGACUAGACCAAACCCACUACAAUACAAAGCCAAAGUCUCAGGCGGCAGAACGGACCAACACAAGCUUAGAGCUGACCACCCAGUUUAUUUUAAUUUCAGCUUUACUUUCUGCUGCUUACGUCAUGCUCGCUAAGUAUUUGCUGGAAUUGUAAUGGUCCAAUGUAAAGGUAAGAUUUAUCAUUUUUUUAAAUUGGGGGGGGGGGGAGGGNCUUCACUCUCAGCUGUGCCAGUUAGUCCCCUAGCAUCACUUUCAGCUGUGUUAUUUGUAUGUCAUCUGUCUUCUGAAUGACUAUGUCGUCGGUGUAAAUUGUACUUUUUUUCUUUCAGCCCGCAAAAGUUUUAUUAUAAAGUAUUACGGGCGAUGGACUAUUAGGUAACGGGUUCCUAAAAAAAGAUACAAUUUACACCGACGACAUAGUCAUUCAGAAGACAGAUGACAUACAACUAACACAGCUGAAAGUGAUGCUAGGGGACUAACUGGCACAGCUGAGAGUGAAGGCGUUGCACUUAGUGAAAAUGUUAUAUAAUAAAUUCUUUUUGUGAAUGAUUUAUUUAACCCCCAUGAAUUGAGUAUCAAAGUUUUAAAAAUUAAAAAUCUAGCUGCAUAUAUAAGCUUAUCAACUCAUUGCCUUCACAAGCCAUUUGUUGUAUGUUUAUUGUAGGAAACAUUCUUAAGUAAAGUUUAAAAAUACAAUAAUUUUUCAUGAAUAAAAUUUGCUUAAUAUUUCCUGAUUAGGACUUUCUGCCUCUUAAAACUAAAAAAAAAAUCAAAUCAAGGUAAAUGUAAUAUAUAUCUAUAUAUAUCUAUAUAUAUCUAUCUAUCUAUAUAUGAGUCGAUUUUCAAAAUGAUGUAUCUCCAUUUUUGGCGUUUUUGAGAUAGACUUUUUCUGCUACUCACUGCUACACAAUGAUUGCUCGAUUUUCGGAAAAGUAAAUGUUAAUUUAGGUAUAUAUUCAAAAUAUAAGUUAGAUUAUGAUGAAAAUUUAAAUGUAGGUUAAUUAAUAUGAAUUUAUUUACUUGGUUGAAUUUCUUAUUUCGUUUCAAAAUGCUGUGUAUCCAGCUGUAACUUAGCGACAAAAUGCUGUAUAUCCAUUUUGAUAGCAUAACAUUAUUCCCAGUAGCAAAUAAUUCAAGAAAUUUAUAGAUUACAAACCAUUUACAUAACAAAAUAAAAUUAAAUUGUAUCAUAUACAUUAUAUAAGAUAAGAUAAGAUUCUUUUAUUGAUCCAAAAAAAUGGAAAUGUUUUUUGAUUGCAUUUAUUAUACAUUUUCAGCUCAAAAAUAAAACAAUUUGAACACAAGACAUUUAUAAUAAAUUAUUUCAAACAGCCAUUCAGUGAGUUCUCUUGGCAAAUAUCGGGGACUUAUGAGUUCUCAUUCAGAUGUGUGACUUCAGAGGAAGCACGCCAGUAAAUUCGUACAGAUUGGGGAACAAAAGAUUUUUUAUAUCUGUCAGUCCUCGCCCUGAUGGAAAGAAUUCGUCCCGAAUGGCUCGAUCCUAAGUAUCUGUGAUAAAAAGGGUUGAAUCUAACAUCCAAAAUGUGUUUAGUUUUACAAAAACAUCUUUCUUCAAAUAGUUCUUCAUGUGAAGGAUGUUUAGUUUGUGUUAUGUUCCAAGCUUUCUUUAUUAGUCUGUUUAUGCGGUGUUUAAUAUCAGACGUUGAAUUCCCACACCAGCAGGUAAUACUGAAAUUAAGCAGGCUUCCAAUAGUUGCACUGUAGAAUGAGUUAACGACUUGCUUGUUACGUCGAAAUUGUACAGUUUUUUUUGAGGUAGAACAAUCUUUGGUUGAAUUUCUUAUACAGCAUUUGGCCGUGCUCAUGCCAUGUUAGCUUAUUAUUAAUGGUGACACCUAAGUACUUGUAUGCCUCCACUUUCUCCACAUUUUGAUUUUUUAUUUUGAGAUCUAUAAUCUGGUGUUUCCCCCUCCUGAAAUCAACAACCAUUUCUUUUGUGUUUGAGACAUUCAAGUCUUUAACAUGUCCUAAAGGAGCUUGGUUUGCUCUACAAGAAUAUACAGCUAUCUCAUUUUUUUUUAAAAUGUCGGAUACCGCGUUUUGAAAAUUGACUCUUCAUAUAUAUAUAUAUAUAUAUAUAGAUAUAGAGAUAAAGAAAAUUAUAGUAAAUGCUGCUUUAAAAGUUAUAAUAGCACGUAACUAUUGUAGCACUGACAUAAUAUAUUUGUAUGUAAAUAUAUCUAAUGUAGUAACAAAACAUUUGAUAUUUUAUUUCAUGAACUUUGUGAAAAUAGUGGAGGGAAUGGCUGUAUGAGCUCAACAUGAAAAUAAUGUAGGGGUAAGCACUGUGAUGUCAUCCUACAGGAUGUGGAUUCAUGAACAAUGGGUAAGUAAAUUAAAUUUUUUUAAAAAAAGUUUCUUUCCUAGAACAGAUUUCAAGUUUUAACAAAUUUAAGGAGAGCUAUUAACUUCUAACACACAACAGAUCAUUAAUUUUUUGUAGGGUAGACCAGUGAUUCUCAAACUGGUACAUAUAGGGAGACUAUAUGCACAUAUCUAGCUCCAAAAACAAAAGUAUAUACAUUUUUAUACUUUCAUUUGUGGUAUAUUAUUUAAGUGAUAAAGCAUUCCAAUAGUUUAAGAACCCCUGGUGCAAACAGCUAGAGCACCAUAUAUAAGUUAUAGAUACAUAUACAUUAGACAUACAUACACAUCUAGAUUAGGACCUACAUGCUAUUGCAUGAUAUUAGUAAAAAGUACCCAUGCAGCUUAAACUCUUCCACCAAUUGUAACCAGUGGAAGUAAACCAAUGAGAAUGACAACUUAACUUCUUUCAAAAAGCAAUUUGACACUUUUUAAAGAGUUCUUCUAGAUCCAGACAUCCCCCAAUUAGCCUUAAAAAAUCCAUGAAUUAGUCAUUCGAUAAGUAGCCAACUAAAAAUAUUAUAACAAAUUAUUAUUAACCCUCUUAAAGAUGAGCCUUUUUGGACUGUCUGAGCCUUUUUCACAAGCCCUUCACUUAUUUUGCAAGUUUUUUAAUAAAAAAAUUAAUAAUUAUUUUAAAAAUAUAAAAAAAUUUAUAUUCUUGUAGCGAAUUGAAUGAACUCAUAAGAUCUUUAUGAAUCAAACAGAAAUCUCAACAUUUAGUCAAAUGAGACAGAAAUCUCAACAUUUAGUCAAAUGAGAUAUCCUAAUAUGCAUAUUUUAUUUAUGCUUGCAAUUUUUUUUAACACUUUGCUUAAAUUAGUCAUAACAAAUAUUUGAAUGAGAUUCAGUGUGAAAAACUGCAAAAAAUAUUCCACGAGCUCAUGCCUUCUGGCAGAUUUCAAGUUCACAUAUUUUUAAGCAUUUAUAGGGGUCAUUAGGUACUAUUUAAACAAAAUAUUAAAUGAAAGAAACACUGUAAACUUAUCAAUGGAAGGUGCCAUUUUAAAACCAAUCAGAUUAGCUUGUACAAAGACCAGCCAGCCAAUCUCAAGUCUUUUAUUAUGGGGGUGAUGUAAGCUAAUAUUUUAGCCUAAUCAAUUCAAUACAAAUGAAAUUGUUCAUUUUCUUAAAUUUGUAUUCAUUUUUAUAAUUUUUUUAAGUAUCUGUAAUUAUUAUUCAGGCAUUUUUGGCAUUGCAAAUUCAAGGCCAUUAAACUGAUCUUAUUUUACUGUUUUUAAUUAUGAACUUGUUAUCUCCCCCUUCCAGGACUCUAACUCAUAGUAUGAAGAAAAAAAUGCAAGGGAAUUCCAAUAAUUAUUGAGAGAUAUUUGGAGUUAAAAAUGAAUCUUAAAAAAAAAAAUGGAAAAAAAAUUAAUAGGUUAUUGAUUACUUGCUGUCAUCCAGAAGUUGACAUUUUCUUAUAAGAAGAAUAUCUCAAUGAAAGAAGACUUUAGUGCUCUCCAUAGAGACCAAAACACUGCCAUAUAUGACAAAAUAGGGUUAGGUGGUUCGCAAAUUACAUCACGCUCAGGCUGGAAAAAGGUGGGGUGGGGGGGGGGGGGAGGCUAAAAAUUUGUGAUAUCACUUUUUUUCCUUUUUUUUUUUUAGUUCUAAAAUUUUUUAAUUUUUAAAAGAUCUUUAUAUAAUUAAGUUUUAAAAAUUAAUUUGAGGUUGUAAUUGCUUCACGCAUCAUAGGUACUAUGAAACUUAGUUUUAUAAUUACACUACAUCUUAAUCCAUUAUGGGAAAAUUUUAAAGAAUAAAAUAAAAUAUACGUUUAGUUAUGAAAAUUGUAUGUAUGAUUUGAAAUUUUUUAGGUGUAAUGUGACCGGGGAGGUAGAGAGGGGGGGUGGGUUAAAGAAUUUGUGAUACUUUGUGACGGGGGGGGGGGAGGGAGGAUCUAAAAGGGUCAUUUUUAGCGUGACAUAAUUUACGAACAACCCCUAGCACAAUUAAUUAAUGUCUAUUAAGUAAGGAAAGUCAGUUUUUAUGUAUGAUUUGAAAUUUUUUAGGUGUAAUGUGACCGGGGAGGUAGAGAGGGGGGGUGGGUUAAAGAAUUUGUGAUACUUUGUGACGGGGGGGGGGGGAGGGAGGAUCUAAAAGGGUCAUUUUUAGCGUGACAUAAUUUACGAACAACCCCUAGCACAAUUAAUUAAUGUCUAUUAAGUAAGGAAAGUCAGUUUUUUAUUGAUAAAGCCCUAUAAAUAAAUAAAUCAGUGUUGCGCGUUUCUCAAGUUUUUUCCAUGACACAUUUAUUUUAUACUUCUUAUGCUUUGUGACCUACUAUAAUUUGUAUUGUAUCAUUUAUAAUUUAUAUGUAACUAUAAGUAACACAAAACAGAUUUAAAUUAAUAAUUUUCAUAUAUUAUAAUUAGGAACCAUUUUAUUUUACAAAAAUUGUAAUUUAAAACUAAAACCCAAUAAAUAAAUUAAAGAUAAGUCUGAUAAGUGUGAUUUUAGAUUAUGAAGAAAAUUUAAUAACUUGAUUCUGAGAUCUUGUUCUACUGCCAAGGAGUUUCUGUUUCUAGAAUUACUUUUUUAAGGGAAAAUCUGUGUUGAAAAGCCUCAUAUGACAUGACAAUAGCAAUUAAUUUUUCAACAGUUAGUGGAUAAGUAUAACAAUAAGUACGGCAGUACGGGCGUAGGCGUAAGGCAUGGCAUUUUAGGGUACCUGAUAUUUGCUUUCAUGGCCUAGUCCUAGUAAACGAUGAUUUGGGAUUUAUUGAGAAAUACUUAAAUUUGUGAAAUAAAAACCUAGAUUUUUUUUCCCCAUUGACAUUAUUUUAUUCUUUUUUUGGGCAUAUUAUUUGAUUUUUUUUUUUAAAUAUAUUUUUUGAAAACUCUAAAAAUACGAUCACUGGUUUCAAUUUCAAGGUUUGCCUUUUGAUUUAUGUCAUUAAUUCAUAAAUAAUUAAAGUAAACCAAAUGAAUUUGAGAUAAAAAUACGCGUCAGUCGAGUCGUUUACCGUUGCCUAAACUAUAAAUAACUAUACUACUAUAAAUUAUAGUAGUAUAGUAUAAAUUAUAUUAUAAAUAUAAUUUGAUUCGAUUAUAAUUUUGCAUCCAACAUCAUGUAUAAAUAAAUACGAUUUAAGAAAUGCACUUACUUAUUUAGGGUAUUUAGGGUACCCUUAUUUAGUAUUUUAAUCUCGUAAUUUGGACAAUUAUAUGCGUCGAGUUAUAAAGUAUUCGGUUUUUGUUGUCUUCUGUUAAUAUUUGAAAAUUAGUUUAGUUUGAUAAAUAUCCCCAAGGUGAAGGUUAGUUAUUUUUAUGUACACCGCGGGAAAUAAGGAGUGGGUGUGGCAAAAACGGAAGUUGAUAAAAAUACGGUGAAAAUUAUAUUUUGUAUGCUGUUGUUGAAUUAUGUUUGCAAUUAAUUUUCUUUUACUGCUCCACCGCAUUCGUGUGCGGGAAAUGCAACUGCCACUCGAGGAUUGGUCUCACUAGCCACACCAAGAGUUGCAAGCAAUAAAGAUAAUUUAUCGUCUCCCGCAGACAGAAAGAUGCCAUACAUACAUACAAUGUUCUUUUGUUUUAUUGAUAGAACUGUAUUUAUUCUUUACAGCCCCGCCAAACCGAUCUUGUGUAAAAACCUAAUUAUAGCAAAAUUUCAAGUGACCUUUCAGGUAAUUUUGAUACUAAAAGAACAAUGAAAGGAAUAAAGAAAAUAAAAAUCAUAUCUUCGAGCUGUAAGUGUUCGGACAGUGUAAGGGUUUUAUCAGCCCGACUCCUCAUUUACCACGUCCCCUUUUCCCGUUACUCCUUCGGCAUGUUUGAAUGAGUAAAAAAAAAAGAUACAAAUAGAUCCGUUAUUAUUUUAAUUUUAUUUGAUAUAAUAUACAAAGACGUCGCGAGGUUGUGGCAAAACACAUCACGUAACGUGGGUGCCACUUGAAAAGAAACGUUGGUUUGGAGGGGGGGGGGGUGUCGGUUUGAAAAAAUCGACGAGCUGGAAUAGAUCAAAAUUACUUUUUAAAAACCGUUUGGUUUUGUUUAUAGCUAAUUUUGUUAAACCUUUAUUUCUUUAUUCAAUAAGCCAAAUACUGGGCAAAUAUCUGCUUACUGUCAUGUCCUUGAAUACUAAAAGGCCGUCCAUAAAGUACGUCACUCUCAGGGGAAGAAAAAAAAGUGUGUGUGUGUGUUGGGGGGGGGGGGGGGGGGGGUUCUAAGAAAGGGUGACAGCUGGGGGUGGGGGGGGGGGUAAAGGUUAAUAUGUGAAAUCACACUUUUUGUUUCUCGUUNGAAGUGAGCGGUUGAGAUUAAAAAACUAUUUAAAAUUUUAUUGUUGGGUUUGUAAGACAAUUGAAAGAUAAUUGAAUGGAUUAUAUGUUUGUAAACUUAAUUCUUCAGUUAACUUAAAUAAACUAUUACAAAUGACAUCCGAAUAGCACUGAGUCAAACACGCAGCGCCGCCAUUCGCACCCGGGUACCAUUAGCCGUUGGUUCCUGCAAGCGAUGUAGUUCACUUAACAUUGUUAAGUGUAUACUAAGACAAAGACCUGAGCUUCCCAGCCAGGUUUCUUGGCAGGGGCGUAGCUAGGGCUAGUGCCGCCGGGAGGGGGCGGCGGACUGGGAAGUUUACCGACCCCCUUUCAUGGGCAAAACUACCCCCCCCCCCAUAUUACAUGAUUAAAGUUCCGCACCCUUUCUCCACACCUUCCUACGCCAUCGCGUUGUGGCCACCAUAUUUAUUUUACUGGGAUCUUUAAGUAUAACUUAUGGGAGUUUGUGUAUCAUACAGCGUAUAGGUCUAAUGUGAGGCUUAGAGUAUCCUAUAGGUCUAAUGUGAGGCUUUGAGUAUCCUAUAGGUCUAAUGUGAGGCUUAGAGUAUAUUUAGGUCUAAUGUGAGGCUUAGAGUAUCCUAUAGGUCUAAUCUGAGGCUUAGAGUAUCCUAUAGGCCUAAUGUGAGGCAUAGAGUAUCCUAUAUGUCUAUUGUGAGGUGAACUGGUGACCAUAGUGAACUGGUGACCAUUGUGAUGCCUGGUGAACUGGUGACCAAUGUGACACCUAGUGAACUGGUGACCAUAGUGAUCCGGUGAACUGGGGGGGGGGGCAAUGUGACACCUGGUGAACUGGUGACUAUUGUGACACCCAGUGAACUGGCGAUCAUUUUGACACCCGGUGAACUGGUGACAGUAUACCAAUAUUCAAAUUCAGAUUUAAAAAAAAAUACAAUGUUAAUUUUUUAAAUGGUGCUGUGCCCAUAAGGUUAGACUAGGUUGGACUGCGUUUAAAGUGUUACCGAGAUUUGUACAGAGAUUUGCUCGAAUGGGGGUUGUUUUCAAAAAAAAAAGCCCCCCCCCCCCCCAAUUUAAAAAAAAAAGUUGACAUUUCCCCGAUUCCUUAGUCGCCCAUUCACCUCAAAAUCUAUUUAUAAAUCAAUCCAUCAAUAAAUCCCCGAGAUUAACACCUUUCAUUUUGAAAUUCAAACUUCCGUCAUCUGAAAUUAUUCCUUCGAACAAUUUCUGCCUAAUAAUUUUCGUCUACGGGCUUAACAAGGCACAAAUAGGAUACAACAAGGGAUUAACGAGGCCCAAAAUAGGAUAAAACAAGGGAUUAAUGAGGCCCAAAUAGGAUAAAACAAGGGAUUAACAAGGCCCAAAUGGGAUAAAACAAGGGCUUAACACGACACAGAUAGGAUAACAUUGUUGUCUAUGGCGUCAUUGGUAUUUUGGCCAUGUCUUCUAAAUGAAAGGAAAAGAACCAAUCAGAGCAAGCCAAACAAAAGCUAAACCUGAGAUGACGCAACAAUUUCUUGUACAUUCACCAAACACGCCCUUUUCACACAUGCACGCACAAGAAAAUACACACACUCUCAAUGGUUUUGGGGGCUGGGGGUGACAUUUUUUAAAAUAACUUUUUUAAUGAGAUUGUACUGUUAUCACUUUGACCCCAGUUAAAUCUUUAAUAUGAUGUAUAUAGAUAUAUAUCUGUACAUAUAUAUAGGGUGGGCCAAUAAAAGUGAGAACAUCUCGUAAAUGUGAUUUAAUCACAUCAAAUUUAGUUUAACUAUACUCAUACUAGCUUAAAUAGUUAAGAAGCAAGGAGAACACAUUGAACAUGAUUUCUGGUUAGCUAAAUAUUUUGCAAAAAAAAAUUCCAUGAAGAAUUAUGCUUAAUUAAAUCAUAUUUUGAAAUAACUCAUAUGCUAUGAGAUGUUCUUAUUUUUAUUGGCCCACCCUAUAUAUAUACAGAUAUAUAUCUAUAUACAUCAUAUUAAAGAUUUAACUGGGGUCAAAGUGAUAACAGUACAAUCUCAUUAAAAAAUUAUUUUUAAAAAAUAUAAAUAUCAGUUCCAAUGAUAUAAAGUAAUGAUUUUGUUUUGAUUGCAGAUCUAAGCCGCCAGAUGAUCAGAUAGACUGACCUGGUAUAGGGAAUCAGAAGAAAAUGCUACUGCCCUAUAACAUGCAAGUUUCGUCCUGGCUGUCUAUGAUUUGUUGUUUGCUCUUGUCUGCCACCCUAGUGCCGCCGGUGGGCGCGCCACCCUCGGUUUUGCAAUGUCCGCUCAUAGCUACCAUAGAAGGAACUGAGGAAUCGGUAAGGAAAGGUUCACUGAGUGACAGAGCUCACGCGCAAUGACAGGGCGCUGUCGGCCAAAUAGCCAAAGCACCCAAUUUGAAAGGGAGAGGAGUAAGGAUAUUUCAAUUAUUUAACGCUAUGCCAGAAGGUACUGAGCCGAAGGAAGUUUUUUUUAUCCUGAUACCGGUCCAGGUAUUUUUUAACUAAUUAAUAAGGACGUUACUCGAACACUGGUUUUUCGGUUUUGAAACCCACAGAAAAAACAACAAAAAAAAAAAAAAAAAAAAAAAAAAAAAAAAAAAAAAAAAAAAAAAAAAAAAAAAAAAAAAAAAAAAAAAAAAAAAACAAAAAAACCAACCAGUUGUUGAUUUUCACAAACAAGAUAAAGAUUUUUUUUUUUCAAAGCAUGAUUAAAAAUAAAAUUUAAAAAAAUAAUCAAACUAUAAUAAAUAUAUUAUUAAUUUUUAUUGAAGUAAAGCCUUCUGCGGCGAAAUAAAAACCAAACCAGUGAACAAAGGCUAUAUUCCACGGUGAGUACGCAGGUGGCCUACCAGUCCUAUUUGUGCCCGGAAAGCUUUCCCGCACGUGGUAUACACGUUGUUUUUGAGUCGAUUCUGCUUUCCCUUGCUGGGCACUUUCUUUGGGCGUGAGCGUUGCGCUUAUUCUCUAAGGAUUGUGUCCAGCAGUCAGUCUGCCACCCCAGCUUGUACGAUCCAGAGCAAGUGCUUCCCACGAAUCAAGGCCAAUGUUCAUGGAUUUGAGUGAUGCUUUGAAAGAGUCCUUGAAGCGUUCUUUGUCUGCCCAGAAGUUGAGCAUUUCCCUCUGGCGAGUUCACCGAACAUUAGUUGGUGUUGUUUUUGAAAGAGUCUGCUGUUUGAUAUUCUUGUAACAUGACCUGCCCAUCUGGCCCGAUAACAUUUAAAACUAUCCUACAUACCAUUACAUGACAUUAUAUUAUUAUUGACACGAUCACACUUAACACUGAAUGAUAGCAUUUGAAGAUGUCACACCUACUAUUGAAUGAUAUCAUUUGAAGAUAUCACACAUACUACUGAAUGGGAUAAUUUUGAAUUAUUACACCUACCAUUGAAUGAUAGCAUUUGAAGAUAUCAGACCUACCAUUGAGUGAUAGUAUUUGAAGAUAUCACACCUACCAUUGAAUGAUAUCAUUUGAAGAUAUCACACCUACUAUUGAAUGAUAUCAUUUGAAGAUAUCACACCUACCAUUGAAUGAUAUCAUUUGAAGAUAUCACACCUACCAUUGAAUGAUAUAAUUUGAAGAUAUCACACCUACCAUUGAAUGAUAUCAUUUGAAGAUAUCACACCUACAAUUGAAUGAUAUAAUUUGAAGAUAUCACACCUACCAUUGAAGAUAUAAUUUGAAAAUAUCACACCUACCAAUGAAUGAUAUCAUUUGAAGAUAUCACACCCUCUAUUGAAUGAUAUCAUUUGAAGAUAUCACACCUACAAUUGAAGAUAUAAUUUGAAGAUAUCACACCUAUUAUUGAAUGAUAUCAUUUGAAGAUAUCACACCUACCAAUGAAUGACAUCAUUUGAAGAUAUCACACCCUUUAUUGAAUGAUAUCAUUUGAAGAUAUCACACCUACAAUUGAAUAAUAUAAUUUGAAGAUAUCACACCUAUUAUUGAAUGAUAGCAUUUAAAAUUAUCACACCUACCAGUGAAUGAUAGACUUUUUAAUUAUCACACCUACCAUUGAAUGAUACAAUUUUUAAUGAUCACACCUACCAUUGAAUGAUACAAUUUUUAAUUAUCACACCUACCAUUGAAUGAUACAAUUUUUAAUUAUCACACCUACCAAUGAAUAAUAAUAUUUACAACUAGAUUUAAUGCCUUUCCUAUGCAGCCAACCGAAAGGCCAUGUUUGGAGCUAAUGAGUAAGCUCUGUUUUAUUCCGUUUCUAAUAGUUUUUUUUUUUAUGAACGUUUUUUUUAAUUAACCAAAUUAGUUUCAAUGCUUCCAAGAAGCUCUUGUUUUUUUACAGUCCUGCAUUGUUGAUCAUUUGUUGUCUAUUCACUACCCUGUUGAUCAUUUGUUGUCUAUUCACUACCCUGUUGAUCAUUUGUUGUCUAUUCACUACCCUGUUGAUCAUUUGGUGUUUAUUUACCGCCACGUUGAUCAUUUGGUGUUUAUUCACGGCACCGUUGAUUAUUUGGUGUCUAUUCACUGCCCUGUUGAUCAAUUGGUGUAUUCACGGCCCUGUUGAUCAAUUGGUGUUUAUUCAAUGCCAUGUUGACCAUUUGGUGUUUAUUCAAUGCCAUGUUGAUCAUUUGGUGUUUAUUCAAUGCCAUGUUGAUCAUUUGGUGUUUAUUCAAUGCCAUGUUGAUCAUUUGGUGUUUAUUCAAUGCCAUGUUGAUCAUUUGGUGUCUAUUCGCUGCCCUGUUGAUCAAUUGGUGUCUAUUCACGGCCCUGUUGAUCAUUUUGGUAAUUAUUCACUGCCCUGUUGAUCAAUUGGUGUUUAUUCAAUGCCAUGUUGAUCAUUUGGUGUUUAUUCAAUGCCAUGUUGAUCAUUUGAUGUUUAUUCAAUGCCAUGUUGAUCAUUUGAUGUUUAUUCAAUGCCAUGUUGAUCAUUUGAUGUUUAUUCAAUGCCAUGUUGAUCAUUUGAUGUUUAUUCAAUGCCAUGUUGUUUGUUGCAAUAUUACAUGGUCCCGUUUCAAAGAAAGAAUAUUUUUACACUAUAUGAUUUUAAAAUUAUAAUUUUCUGUGUCUUGUUUGCUUCAAUAACUGCUACGAUUGUUUACAAUGUACUUUCACGCAGCGUGUUAAGUAUGACUACGUUCACAUAAUGUUACCUAUGCAUUCCCAUAGUACGGUACAAUGACUACACUCAUAUAUGUGAAUGGGUGAUGGGUGGCCGAGCUGUCUAAACUGUCCCAAGCCAAAUAUAUGGUGGUCUGGAGUUCAAUCCCCACCAAUGCCAACAUCUCAAGCACUUCGGGUGGAUGGGACCCGUUAGCCUUGGACGACAACCCAUCUAAGAGAAGGCAAACUCUGAAUUUAAACCAGGAGCCAGAAUGAUCAACAAAUUGAUCGUGGGCCCCUCAAAUAUAAGAACUUAUGCAUUCACAUAGUAUGUUACCUAAAAACUAUUCACAUAGUAUAUAGUCUAUCACUUUCAAGACUGCACGCACAACGAUUUGAAAGAAACGCUCAAAGCCAAUGCAUGCAGUAUCCAUGGGCUGGGGUAGAGUUUGGCUUCCACCACAGGGGGGGGGACGACGACGCCCCUGGGUACAUGUAUAUUAAUGAGGGCACGUUUAUCUGGCACACAGACCUAGCAGACUGUGAUGUGUGAGCAGUGGCGUAGAAUGGGGCGUUCUAUCCAGAAACUCCCGGGCGGCACAUUUUAUCUUUAUAUGAAAGGGCAGCAUUUUCGGUCAACUACAGAGGUUUUUAAUGUAAAAGGGGCGGCAAAAUUCUUGGCCCGCCGCGGGCGGCACUACCUCUUGUUACGCCACUGUGUGAGUUCUAAUGUUGGUAAAUAUUGACCUAUUUUCCUUGACCAUUUAUUUUGUACCAAACUAUUGUCUUGACCACGAAGACAUUUCUUGACCACGAAGACAUUUCUUUACCACGAAGACAUUUCUUUACCACGAAGACAUUUCUUUACCACGAAGACAUUUCUUUACCAUUGUAUUGUAUCAAUAUUUUUCAUGAGCACUGUAGCUUAGUAUACAUUACAUUUUGUAUAGUUUUUGUUGGAUUGGGAAGACGGAUAAAGUAGCUUAAAUAAAAGUUUUGUUCAUCUAAGUGUUGGCAUCGCCAUUUUUUUUUUUUAAAUUAUUUUUUUUGGGGGGCACUUCCCUCAAUCUUGGUACUCCUGAUUAACGAGCAACUGUUGAACGAAAUAUAUUGUUGAAGUUGAACCCAUCGGUAGACUACAUGGCAUGAGUUAUUCUCUUGACGCUUUCCCUCCUCUGUACCCAGUCUGUGACGACAAUGUAGAAAUGUGGCGCUUCUCGGCCUUCACCACGCCUCAGUUCACCGCUGUCGCAGACAUGCCGGCCAAACCGCCGGAGAAAGUUGGAGCGGAUUUCAUAGACGUGGAGGCGCACGGCUCCGUGUCGACCAAGCUGGAAUUACUCUGGAGCCUGCCUCCCAGUAAGUAUUCUGAGAAAUAACGAUUGUCUUCUUAUUUCAAUAUUGGUCAUGCGAAUCAUAACGUGAUAUAAUGUUUGUUAACCGAAUUAUAUUUAUAUGAUCUUUGUUGAAUGAAUGAUAUCUAUAUCCGAAUUUUUAACCGCGCUCUACAUCUAUGAAGCCAGCUAGCGUUAUCUGAGUGAUAUGCAUACGAUGUUGGUUGAAUGCAGUCACUUUUAAAUGCUUUCUAUUCUAUUUUCAGUGACCUUCGAUGCUCAAGGCUUCACGAUUAUUUCUAGGAGCUACACCAACGGCUCUGUUACUACUGCCUGCCGCUUGCUCAAGAUCAGUCCCAACAUAACGGAUACCUACGCUGAUGUGAGCUCGGCUAAUCAUCCAAGUUACCCUAAGUUUAUAGAGCAUUAUUUAUUGUGUGAGCUCGUAAAAUCAUCAAGUUACCUUAGUUUUAGAGAGCAGAAUUUAUUGUCUCAAUAACUUAUCAUGUAAUGAGCGAGUGUACAUACACCGGAAGUGUCAUUUGUUCAAGGUCAUUAUUGUUUUGAUUUCUUGAUCAGGUGAUGUUUCGAUUUCCCAUGACCCCGGUGGUUCCAGGUGCAGACUACAGCAUCGCCGUUUUCAGCAAUCCGCUGCCCCCCCUUAUGCCACCAGAGACUAGCAAGGAUUGGAUGAUUUUAAAAAUUAGGAACAUCUUCAAAAGUAGGCAGAUAAGAUAAUAUUCUUUUAUUUAUCUAAAAUAACGGCAAUGUCUUUUGAUUAUAUUAUAUAUACAAAAAACUUAUGCUUCAAUUGACAUUUCUGAAUUAGUUUUUGGAGUUUUUUGUUUUUGUUUUUUGUACGUCUUCCUUGGAUUCAAGUGAUGUUAACAUGGCUAACAUUGUUAUAUUACGUUAUUAAGUGAGUAAAAGUUUUUAAGUUAAAUUUUUGGACGUUCUAGGCACCAACUAACACAUAUUAACAUACGCCAUCUUGAAAACACAUACGCCCUCUUGAAAACAAAGGACCCGUUAUCUUGUAAACAAAUGGCGUGAUUAAAACAAGUCUGUUAGACAUAAAACUGAUCAUUCGCUCGAACACAAAGCCCAGAUUCUUUUCAAAAUGGCAACGUAUACUCUAGAGCCCAUACACCUCUCAGAAACUCUAGAGCCCAUGCACCUCUCAGAAACUCUAGAUCACAUAUACCUCUUAGAAAGUCUAGAGCCCAUACACCUCUCAGAAAUUCUAGAGCCCAUACACCUCUCAGAAAGUCUAGAGCUCAUACACCUCUCAGAAAGUCUAGAGCCCAUACACCUCUCAUAAACUCUACAGCCGAUACACCUAUCAGAAACUCUAGAGCCCAAACACCUCUCAGACACUCUAGAGCCCAUACACCUCUCAGAAACUCUAGAGCCCAUACACCUCUCAGAAAGUCUUGAGUCCAUACACCUCUCAGAAAGUCUAGAGCCCAUACACAUCUCAGAAAGUCUAGAGCCCAUACACUUCUCAGAAACUCUAGAGCUCAUACACCUCUCAGAAACUCUAGAGCCCAUACACCUCUCAGAAAGUCUUGAGUCCAUACACCUCUCAGAAACUCUAGAGCCCAUACACCUCUCAGAAAGUCUAGAGCCCAUCCACCUCUCAGAAAGUCUUGAGUCCAUACACCUCUCAGAAAGUCUAGAGUCCAUACACCUCUCAGAAAGUCUAGAGCCCAUCCACCUCUCAGAAAAUCUAGAGUCCAUACACCUCUCAGAAAGUCUAGAGCCCAUCCACCUCUCAGAAACUCUAAUAAUAAACCGAAUGCCUUGCUUCAGAGCACAGCAAAUAAUCUGACAAAGAGUUUUAAGACUCAAGACAAUUUCGUGCCUCUGGGACCAAAAACAUAGUUCCAUUUAUUUGAAUCAAUAAGGAGUCUUAGCAACUACUUUGCAAGGACUACUGUAACCGAGACCCAACAGGCUAUAUGUCUCCUCUCGAGUGGCAAAGCCCCAGGUGAUGACUCGAUCCCAGCACAAAUAUAUAUCAAAGGAACAGUGGCGUAGCUAGGGUUGAUGUCAUCCAGUGCGGUAAACUCGUGGUAUCAAACUCGAACCCCCCCCCCCUUUUGUUUUGUUGCUUUCCCCACUUUCACGGUGGAUACCUUCCUUUUAAAAAUAAGUCGACAGUGUAACAAUGACAAGAACAAUAACAAAUUUAAUUAAAGUUCAGGAGGCAAAUGUAUUUAAGAACUGUAACAACGUUAAGUUAUAGUAAUUUUUACAUUAAAUUUAUAUUAUUAAAAAGCUCCCUUCCCUGGUCUUCAAAGUUUCAAACCUGUCAAUCACUUGAUCACAACCCAUAUCCUUGACUGCGCCACUUUCAGUUGAUAUUAGAGCCAGAUCAGAAAGCUUGACAGUCCCAUGGUGGAUCGUAAUCAGUUCUUGGUGCGCCUUAGUUUUGGAAAGCUCCGGUUAAGUGAAACCACACAUACACAGAUCGUAAGAAACAACUGAUUGGAAGGGAUACUAGGUAGUCCCAUUCAACUAUGAAUUUCCAAUCAUCAAAUAUUGACCACUCCAAGACUUUGUGAAAUUCAAUAUCAGCUGCCUUUAGAUGUCCUCUAAACCUUGGUUCUUCUUUUAAAAGUGCGUCCUCUGAUAACUCAUCAUAGAGAAGAGUUUUAAUUUUGGAACGGACACCGAUAACUCAUCUUCAACCCCAAACAUAUUUGCUACUUCGCUGAUGAGGUGAUCUGGGGUUCAGAAGGAAAACAUCUGAUACUGCUUUCUACUCGCAGAGAGAGUCAAGUAUCUAUUAAUUGUUCUCCUGCCAUUCUCUUCUUAAACCUUAAUCUUCUCUUUCAAAAUUCCAUAUUGGUCUGAUUUUGAAAAUGCCUUUUAAGUAACAUGUUCCACCAAGUGACAGCGCUUCCUGUGCAGCAACAACGCUAAGGCCUCUAGGUUGGUUGCUACUUUGUCGAGUAGAUCAGCCCAAAGUUAAAGUUAGCAGAGAAACGUGAAAUCACAGACAGCAUGUAAAAGACAUUGUGCUGUAUGAAAAUUUUUACUAAAAUGUUAAAUUAGGGGGAUUUGUUAGUGUCGAAUCGGCGAAAAAAUAUUUUUGGGGAUUAUUUCUGGGCUUCGCUGUACUUGGUUUCAAAAAAAAAAUUUUUUUUAAACUUAAAAGAAAUUCAAAUUAAUUUCUAAAAGAUAUUAGAAAAUUGUGUAACAAUAGUAAUAGUGUUUUGUUUACCUUAUAAGUGAGGAAAAUGUCAUUUUUAAAAUGUUUUUAAUUUCUACUGAUUCCAUUCAUGUACUUAAAAUCGCCAGACCACGUCGCGUUUUCUAGCGAUGGACAGCUUUAUUUUUCAGAAUUUAGAUAAAUAAAGGUUUCUGUCACUUUCAAAAGUGACCGAACACUUUUAUCGCCGUUGAAUCAUGGGCAAAGCGGUGUUUUUUUAAAAUGUAAAUCUAGGGUCACCUUAACUCCGAAGUAUCAACCUUGAACUUUUAAUAAAGCACGCAUUUACAUUGGUUACAUGUGUGGAAAAUUUACAUUUGAUCGGUUAUCCUUUAUUAAAUUCGGCCACACCGAGCAUGGUAUGCUCUGUAAAUAUGCAUUUUUUUUAUUUUUGUGUCACCCCCUGGGAUGGUGUCGCCCGAUGCAGUCCGUACCCUCGCACCCCUUUAGCUACGCCACUGAGAAGGAGGCAUAGCUCUGACUGAAUAGCUUCACCUACUGUUACUAAUUAGGUGGCAGAAAGAGACGAUUCCGUAAGAUUUCAAGGAUGCAAAUGUUUUUCGCAUGCACAAGCGUAAAAGAAGUUUCAAUCUUGCAUCAACCAUCGUGGCCGAUAAUUCCUCUCGAUAUUUGCUAGAAUAUUGCUUAAGACGCAUCUUGAGCAGCGUGUCCUGCCAGAAAGUCAAUGUAGUUUCCGUGAAGAACGUGAAACUCUUGAUAUGGUGUUAACGGCCAGGCAGCUGCAGAAAAAAUGCAAGUAGGAGAAUGUUGACCUCUUCUACACCUAUGUACACCUGGCAAAGGCUUUUGACACUGUUAGUAGAGAUUGUUUUUGUAAGAUCAUGGUCAAAUAUGGAUAAGCCAGAAGAUUUCUUUCAAUGGUACGAUUGUCUGCAGGCUGCGGUUCGGGAAAAUGGGGAGACGUGACAAAUGGACUAUUGGACCAAAAGUGCUUGAACAGUAACCAAUAUUUAUGCAAUGUUACUAAUUUUUCCAAUGCCUGCACAAACUUCUGUAUAAACCAUUAAAACAAAAGAGACCGAUGUCUUUUAGCAACGAGCUUCUCGAAGCAAUUAUGUUGAGCCAGUCUUUCAAGUAUAUUGCGAGGCUGAAAGUGGUAAAUGAUUUGUCAUACCUUGUCAGCCGACUCUCCCAAAGCGGCAACACCGAUGAAUAGGUGAAACUUUGUACUGCAAGAGUUAGUGCAAAUUAUGGCUGAUUGUCUUAGAAAGUAUGGACCAGGCGAGGUCUCAACACUCAAACUCAAAUGAAGGUAUACAAGGCGAUUGUGCUCCCUGUGCUUCUCAAUGCCCGUGAAACGUGCAUGGUCCAUGAACGCCAUGCAACAAUAGUGAACCCCUUUCAUGGGACAAGUUUCAGAAAAUGUUAAGCAUAAACUUGCAGGGCAGGGUUCCAGACCCAGAGUUGCUCGCACAGGCAAGUCUCACCAGCAUCUUUACCGCUUUAGUGCCAACAGAAGAUUCUAUGGUGAUCUCGAGCACGGAGGGUGAACUGUGGGUGGUCAUAAGAAACGCUUCAAGGCAUUAAAACCUCACGGAAAGCGCUCGAUAUAGACACGGACACAUGGCGAGAAGUGGCAAAGUAACGAGCGUCGUGCCAUUCCUCUGUACACAAAGGCCGCAUACAACAUUAAGUCGACACAACAGCGGCUGAAGAUAAUGUACACAAAGGCCGCAUACAACAUUAAGUCGACAUAACAGCGGCUGAAGAUAAUGUACACAAAGGCCGCAUACAACAUUAAGUCGACAUAACAGCGGCUGAAGAUAAUGUACACAAAGGCCUCAUACAACAUUAAGUCGACAUAACAGCGGCUGAAGAUAAUGUACACAAAGGCCUCAUACAACAUUAAGUCGACAUAACAGUGGCUGAAGAUAAUGUACACAAAGGCCUCAUACAACAUUAAGUCGACAUAACAGCGGCUGAAGAUAAUGUACACAAAGGCCUCAUACAACAUUAAGUCGACAUAACAGUGGCUGAAGAUAAUGUACACAAAGGCCUCAUACAACAUUAAGUCGACAUAACAGCGGCUGAAGAUAAUGUACACAAAGGCCUCAUACAACAUUAAGUCGACAUAACAGUGGCUGAAGAUAAAAAAAGACAUGCCAUAAAAGCCCAGGUUAACUCUGCACCUGGAGAUAUCCCAUCAUAUCCCAUGCACUUAAAGGCAAAGGAACAUUUCGUGCCAGACUCGGUCUCGUGAGCCAUCUGCGCACACCGAGCCAAGUUCACGAUGAGCCUAAACCAGUUGUCGGCAAACUCAUUAGUCAAAAGAGCCAAAAAUCGGCAGAAGGGUGAUUUUAACAAAAAUAAUUGAGAGCCAAAUUUCUUUUCAAGAACUGGUAAAGAACCAUGUUUGUCGGUGUCCAAACCGAUUUGUGGCCGACUGGCCGAGCCGCACUCAGGUCACUAAACGAUGAUUAAGGUGGUCGUAGGCGAUUUCGACCGACUAUUAUUACAUAGUAAAAAUAUUCAUUUUAACAUAUGGAUACACAUUUCUAUAAUACAGAAACAUUUGAACGUUAAGCACUUAAAGGAUUUCUCAAAGGCGAGUAUCAGCGAUCAUACAAGCAUCUCCAAUGUCCUGGAGGUCAGCUCUAUGAGACGCCAUUGAGUUGAAAGCAAACUUCAGUGAAAACUUCCCAGCACACCGUCUGUAGAACUCCGCAAAAGUUAAUUGAAAAGCACUGUCUCCUCACUCCCUCCAUGCAUACAUGUAUGUUGUUCAUCGCCUAUUACACUUUUGGUUGAACGUUUGAUGUUUGAUGCACUCCUCUGCUGGGAUGGCAUUAACUGUCUAACUUUUCUCUUACCACUCUCUCUCCGGGACUCCUUUUUGAAUGCUACAAUAAUUAAAGUAGUUUAUAGGAGAUUUGGCUAUAAAUAUUUAUUUCAAUCACUAGCGUCCCAGCUGUUAACACAACGACCCCAUAAUCCUACUCAUAAUUUUAGCGCCGCGCCACUCCAAUCAACUGGCUAUGCGGCGUCUCACUACUCCAAUCAACUGUCUGUCUAUACGACGUCUCACUAAUCCAAUCAACUGGCUAUGCGGCGUCUCACUACUCCAAUCAACUGGCUAUGCGGCGUCUCACUACUCCAAUCAACUGGCUAUGCGGCGUCUCACUACUCCAAUCAACUGGCUAUGCGGCGUCUCACUACUCCAAUCAACUGUCUGUCUAUGCGGCGUCUCACUAAUCCAAUCACCUGUCUAUACGACUCUCACUAAUCUAAUCAACUGUCUAUACGACGUCUCAGCACCGGAAUAUCUCAAGGAACUGAUUUAUAAACAUGUAUCCGUGAAGAGCCCGCGGUCUUCAUCACAGUACUUGCUGGGUGUUCCUAGUGUGGAUAAACACAGAAAAGAGUCGUAAAGAGUGCGCUAUUUUGAAGCGAUAGCGCCAAAAUUAUGGAACAGUUUGCCUCAAUCUUUGAAGGGAAUUGCAAAUGAUAAAAAAUCAUUUACGAAACAAUUAAAAACUUUUUUGUUUAGAUAGAUUUCGGAGGAUCAGAGCGCAGUACGCAUGCUACAAUGGCAUGGAUACCGGCGCAAUAUAAAGAUCAAAUCAAUCUCACUAUUCAAAUCAGCUGUCUAUACGACGUCUCACUACUCAAAUCAGCUGUCUAUACGACGUCUCACUACUCAAAUCAGCUGUCUAUGCGACGUCUUACUACUCCAAUCAACUGGCUAUAUGACGUCUCACUACUCAAAUCAGCUUUCUAUACGACGUCUCACUACUCAAAUCAACUGGCUAUACGAUAUCUCACUACUCCAAUCAACUUGAAAUACGACGUUUCACUACUCCAAUCAACAAGUUAUGUCUCACCACUCCAGUCAACACGUUAUGUCUCACCACUCCAGUCAACACGUUAUGUCUCACCACUCCAGUCAACACGUUAUGUCUCACCACUCCAGUCAACACGUUAUGUCUCACCACUCCAGUCAACACGUUAUAUCUCGCCACUCAAGUCAACACGUUAAGUAUCACCACUCUAGUCAAGUAGGUAUGUCUCACCACUCCAGUCAACACGUUAUGUCUCACCACACCAGUUAACAGGUUAUGUCUCACCACUCCAGUUAACAUGUUAUAUCUCACCACUCCAGUCAACACGUUAUGUCUCACCACUCCAGUCAACACGUUAUGUCUCACCACUCCAGUCAACACGUUAUGUAUCACCACUCCAGUCAACACGUUAUGUCUCAACACUCCAAUUAACAAGUUAUGUCUCACUACUCCAGUCAACACGUUAUGUCUCAACACUCCAAUUAACAAGUUAUGUCUCACUACUCCAGUCAACACGUUAUGUCUCAACACUCCAAUUAACAAGUUAUGUCUCACUACUCCAGUCAACACGUUAUGUCUCACCACUCCAGUCAACACGUUAUGUCUCAACACUCCAAUUAACAAGUUAUGUCUCACUACUCCAAUUAACAAGUUAUGUCUCACUACUCCAAUUAACAAGUUAUGUCUCACUACUCCAAUUAACAAGUUAUGUCUCACUACUCCAGUCAACACGUUAUGUCUCAACACUCCAAUUAACAAGUUAUGUCUCACUACUCCAGUCAACACGUUAUGUCUCACCACUCCAGUCAACACGUUAUGUCUCAACACUCCAAUCAACAAGUUAUGUCUCACUACUCCAAUUAACAAGUUAUGUCUCACUACUCCAAUUAACAAGUUAUGUCUCACUACUCCAAUUAACAAGUUAUGUCUCACUACUCCAAUUAACAAGUUAUGUCUCACUACUCCAAUUAACAAGUUAUGUCUCACUACUCCAGUCAAUAGCCAAAAUGACACCAUUAAAGCCAGUUAGCCUAAAGAUUAAUUGCGUAGAGACCAACACAUAUCCCUUGGCGCAAUUUGUAAGAGAUAAUUUUGCGCUUAUUACUUGAAACACGUGUCGCGAUGCUGCAAUACAUUUGAUAACAUUUGUUGCUUUGUAUAGAUGCUUAGUGAAAUUCAUUCUUACAUUUGUAGCUAUGUGUAGAUGCUGCAUGAGAUUGACUAUAAGAUUGGUAGCUAUGGGUAGUUGCUGCAUGAGAUUGAUUGUAACAUUUGUAGCUAUGUGUAGAUGCUUCAUGAGAUUGAUUUUAAGUUUUGUUACCAUGCUGCAUGAAUAAUUAAAGCAGUGAUCUUUCUGUACGUGGUGAUAGACAUGAUCUUUCUGUACAUGGUGAUAUGGAUGAUCUCUCUGUACGUGGAGAUAUAAAUGAUCUCUCUGUACAUUCUGAUAGACAUGAUCUCUUUAUAAGUGAUGAUAGACAUGAUAUCUCUGUACGCGGUGAUAGACAUGAUCUCUCUGUACGUGGUGAUAGACAUGAUCUCUCUGUAAGUGUUGAUAGACAUAAUCUCUUUGUACGUUGUGAUAGACAUGAUCUCAAUGUACGUGGAGAUAGACAUGAUCUCAAUGUACGUUGUGAUAGACAUGAUCUCUCUGUAUGUGGUUAUAGACAUGAUCUCUUUGUACGUUGUGAUAGAAAUGAUCUUUUUGUACUAUGUGAUAGACAUGAUCUCUCUGUACAUGGUGAUAGACAUAAUCUCUCUAUACGUGGCGAUAAACAUGAUCUCUCUAUAUGUGGUGAUAGACAUGAUCUCUCUGUACGUGGUGAUAGACAUGAUCUCUCUGUAUGUGGUGAUAGACAUAAUCUCUUUGUACGUUGUGAUAGACAUGAUCUCUUUGUACGUGCUGAAGAUGGUGCUUGUAACCCUCGGGAAAUGUCCCGAAGCGACGGAAUAAUUUAAUUUUUCUUAUCAAAUUGGAAUUUGGGAAAAUGAAACAAAAAUUAAUAAAGUGGCACUAAAAAGAUAAAUAUUAUAAUAAUUGAAUUUAAAAUGUAAAAAAAAAAUAUUUUUGUUCGAGUACUUCACUGAAUUUUGGAAUUGUUUAACUUUGGACCGUCAUGUCAAUCCGUGACAGACGCAUUUUAGUCUUGAAGAUAAAGCCACCGUAAGGCCGUCACUGCAGGGCAAACCGUAUCUUCCCCUGCUUCUGAUGCAAGUUAAGGGCCACAGGAAUAUACACGAUAGCGCCGUUUAUACAUAAAAAUGGCUGCACUGGGACUACACACGUCUUUUUCUAUCUCUCUCCAUUGUAUCAAGGCGAAGAACCUUUAAGUAGCAACUGGCGACCAAAUCUCCUGGUGCAGCGUUUGGUUACCCCCGGAGAACUGAAAAUCCAAUUCAGCAUAAGACCAGAAUUCAGAUCCUACGAAAUCGCCACGUUAAACACAGAAACAAAUGAACAGCGCUAUAUAGUUCAUGAUGUCGCGGUAAGUAGAGGGAAUAUUGAUGGCUCGCCACCAGUACUUGAGCGACAGUUGUUAGGGCGCCCCAUUUACUUUCAUUCUUCUUUUCCGGUCAAUGAACUAAGCUGACCCAGUUCUGCUGCGGUAUGAAGAUCUGGCUUACUUAUUUGAGUCGCUCUCUGAAUUCGGUUACAACUCACACUAUAGUCUGUUUUUCUUAGAAUUUUUUAGAAUUCUGUAGAAGGUUUGAGAGACGAUUACAAUGCGUAGUCCUUCUUGAAUUAUCUAAAUAAACAGGCUAUAUAAAGCCGAGUGGUUGAGCGACAGAAACCAGACGACAGACAGAUUAGAUAUUUUUGAACGUGUGCUAUUUUUGCUUUGCUACGAGACAGAGAUUUGUUUACUUUUUUAUGUAGAUUCCCUUUCAUCAUUGUACAUUUUUACAACAUUGUAUCUUGGACAUUGUUCCGGUACAGCAUCAUACAAUCAAUAGCUCUUAAUUAUAUUUCUUUUUUGAUUCUGUAAUUUAUAAUUAACAUAAUAAAAUUUAUUAAUUGUAAUUAGCCCUGGUUUGAGUAUCGUAUGCUUUGUUAUUGUACUUAAGCUAUGGUAUCGUCUUCUGUUGUGUACUUUUGGGGAACGAGCCAUAUACUUAAACAAAAGAUUAAUUUCUCCAUGUUGAUAACAGUAUGUAACAUAGUAAUUAAGUGAAAGAAGUUGAGUGAAAGGAAUUUAGAGACAGUAAUUAAGCGACAGUAAUUGAGUGACAGUUAUUUAGUAACCUGGUGACUGUAAUGAGUGACAGUAAUUUAGUGACAGUAUUAUGUGACAGUAAUUUGUGACGCUAAAAAGACUGUAAGAUAACCAGUGACAUCAUUUUUAAUAUUUUCGAGAGAAAAGUGUGGUUGGGGGGGGGGGAGGGGAAUCUCAUUUCAACGCACUUUUGCGUUCCUUUUAAAAUUCUUGAUGGAUAUAGACAGACGUUUUGACUGGUGUUAGUUGGGCCUUACGAUUUUUAGAAAUAUUCGAGAGAAAAGUGUGGUUGGGGGGGGGGGAGGGGAAUCUCAUUUCAACGCACUUUUGCGUUCCUUUUAAAAUUCUUGAUUGAUAUAGACAGACGUUUUGACUGGUAGUAGUUGGGCCUUACGAUUUUUAGAAAUUCAUUUUUACUGAUGCCUUUAGUCAGAAAACGUUCUUACUGAUUGAACAUCAUGCAAUUUAUCAUUUUGUUGUUUUCAAUUUCAUUUCACAGUCAGUGAAUGAAAGUCAAACAUUUGUUCUUAUGACUCGACUUUUCAAAGGCACUUAUCAAGUUAUGGUAGGUUCAAGUUAUGGUAGGUUCAAGUUAUGGUUAGUUCAAGUCAUGGUAGGUUCAAGUUAUGGUAGGUUCAAGUUAUGGUAGGUUCAGUUAUGGUAGGUUCAAGUUAUGGUAGGUUCAAGUUAUGAUGGGUUCAAGUUAUGGUAGGUUCAAGUUAUGAUAGGUUCAAGUUAUGGUAGGUUCAAGUCAUGGUAGGUUCAAGUUAUGGUAGGUUCAAGUUAUGGUAGGUUCAAGUUAUGGUAGGUUCAAGUCAUGGUGGGUUAAAGUUAUGGUGGGUUCAAGUUAUGGUGGGUUCAAGUUAUGAUAGGUUCAAGUUAUGGUAGGUUCAAGUCAUGGUAGGUUCAAGUUAUGGUAGGUUCAAGUUAUGGUAGGUUCAAGUUAUGGUAGGUUCAAGUUAUGGUGGGUUCAAGUUAUGGUAGGUUCAAGUUAUGAUAAGUUCAAGUUAUGGUAGAUUCAAGUCAUGGUAGGUUCAAGCUAUUGUAGGUUCAAGUUAUGGUAGGUUCAAGUUAUGGUGGGUUCAAGUCAUGGUGGGUUCAAGUUAUGGUAGGUUCAAGUUAUGGUAGGUUCAAGUUAUGGUGGGUUCAAGUCAUGGUGGGUUCAAGUUAUGGUGGGUUCAAGUUAUGGUGGGUUCAAGUUAUGGUGGGUUCAAGUUAUGGUAGGUUCAAGUUAUGGUAGGUUCAAGUUAUGGUAGGUUCAAGUCAUGGUAGGUUGAAGUUAUGGUAGGUUGAAGUUAUGGUAGGUUCAAGUUAUGGUAGGUUCAAGUUAUGGUAGGUUCAAGUUAUGGUAGGUUCAAGUUAUGGUAGGUUCAAGUUAUGGUAGGUUCAAGUCAUAGUGGGUUCAAGUUAUGGUGGGUUCAAGUUAUGGUGGGUUCAAGUUAUGAUAGGUUCAAGUUAUGGUAGGUUCAAGUCAUGGUAGGUUCAAGUUAUGGUAGGUUCAAGUUAUGGUAGAUUCAAGUUAUGGUAGGUUCAAGUUAUGGUGGGUUCAAGUUAUGGUGGGUUCAAGUUAUGAUAAGUUCAAGUUAUGGUAGGUUCAAGUCAUGGUAGGUUCAAGUUAUGGUAGGUUCAAGUUAUGGUAGGUUCAAGUUAUGGUAGGUUCAAGUUAUGGUGGGUUCAAGUCAUGGUGGGUUCAAGUUAUGGUAGGUUCAAGUUAUGGUAGGUUCAAGUUAUGGUGGGUUCAAGUCAUGGUGGGUUCAAGUUAUGGUGGGUUCAAGUUAUGGUGGGUUCAAGUUAUGGUAGGUUCAAGUUAUGAUAGGUUCAAGUUAUGGUAGGUUCAAGUCAUAGUAGGUUCAAGUUAUGGUAGGUUCAAGUUAUGGUAGGUUCAAGUUAUGGUAGGUUCAAGUUAUGGUAGGUUCAAGUUAUGGUAGGUUCAAGUUAUGGUAGGUUCAAGUUAUGGUAGGUUCAAGUGAUGGUGGGUUCAAGUUAUGGUAGGUUCAAGUUAUGGUAGGUAAAGUUAUGGUAGGUUCAAGUUAUGGUGGGUUCAAGUUAUGGUAGGUUUGAGUUAUCUAAGUCACCUUGUAAUCCAAGAGCACCCUUAAAAUAAAUCUUUAGAGCUCUCCAGGGUACCCCAUGGGAGCACCUAACGCCCAUGGGACCACCUAACGCCCAUGGGACAACCUAACGCCCAUGGGAACACCUAACGUCCAUGGGACAACCUAACGCCCCUGGGGCUGUAUCACCCACUUUUAGAGGCACUGACCUAGAUCAUGGACAGUGGGUUGAGAAAUAAGUUUCCAUAGAAUGGUUAGAGUAUUUAACUUUGAGGUCUAUUCUGAUUUAAUGGCCGGUCUUUAACAUUUAGGUCUAUUUUGAUGUUAUGGGCUUUAUUUUUUUAUUGGGGGGGGGUGGGCGGGGAUAAUGGAUAGUUUUUGACUGCUCAGACUGUUUGAUUUGUCUUAUUUCAGGUCCGCCUGAAUAGCAAUGCCAAAAUGUGUGUAUGCUUUGGAGAGGAAGGAAACUGUUCGGAAAGCUGCCCGGAAACAUUUACCAUGAACUUUUUUAUUAAUGAAGAGGGUGAGUCACACUGUGUUGUGUGGCCAAUUGUAUGACAAUGUAUUGCAUGGCUAAUGUUAGGGUUAUGUAUUGACCAAUGUUAUAACAAUGUAUUGCAUGGCCAAUGUUAUGACGAUGCAUUGUAUGGUUAAUGUAUGGGCCACGUCUUGUGAGAACUAUGAGAGCUACGUACGUGUCUAAAUACAAACCACCCUAUUUAAAGUCAUCAUUCUGGACAAGUGUUGUAGCAUACAUUGGCUCAGAGUGCUUGACUGACUCGCUUCACGAGUGCCCCGUGUACGGGCGCUAGUGCACGGUACAUUUGUGCACGACCACCACCGCUAGUGCACGGUACACUUGUGCACGACCACCACCGCUAGUGCACGGUACAUUUGUGCACGACCACCACCGCUAGUGCACGGUACAUUUGUGCACGACCACCACCGCUACUGCAGGGUACACUUGUGCACGACCACCAGCGCUACUGCAGGGUACACUUGUGCACGACCACCAGCGCCCGACAGUACAGUGUCAGAAUAUCUUUUUUUCUUAGCCAAGCAAUUUCAAGAUGGUGACCUAACCCCUUAGGAUCUUUCGUCAGUCAUUCAAUUCUUUAAAGAUAAUCAUAAAAUUGUUUCAAGUAUAUAAAUCGUAAUGCGAAUAGUUCUCUCAUUGCUUUUGGAAAAAUAUAUUAAUAUAAUUUGCUUUUUUAUAUAAUAAAAAAUAAUUAUUAAUUCUCCACAUAAGAUGUUCACAUUUUUUAACUAGAAUACAGAAUGUCUCAUCUCCCAAUUGUUGUCUGCAGUAUUAGUAUUAGAAAACUAUUGGUUAUUUAGAGUUAUUUGAAUCCCUCGCCCAUACGUAUUAGUAUUAGAAAACUAUUGGUUAUUUAGAGUUAUUUGAAUCACUCGUCCAUACGUAUUAGUAUUAGAAAACUAUUGGUUAUUUAGAGUUAUUUGAAUCCCUCGCCCAUACGUAUUAGUAUUAGAAAACUAUUGGUUAUUUAGAGUUAUUUGAAUCACUCGCCCAUACGUAUUAGUAUUAGAAAACUAUUGGUUAUUUAGAGUUAUUUGAAUCACUCGCCCAUACGUAUUAGUAUUAGAAAACUAUUGGUUAUUUAGAGUUAUUUGAAUCACUCGUCCAUACGUAUUAGAAAACUAUUGGUUAUUUAGAGUUAUUUGAAUCACUCGCCCAUACGUCACGGACGUUUCAAAAGUUCAGUUUUUAACUCCACGCUUUCCAUCGUCCACUAAGAGCCGCCUCUCAAGACGACCAUCCUCCAAAACACGGGGAUCUCGAUUCAAAGAACCAGUACUUUGGACAUGAUCACCACCACCAUCCCUGAGGAAGUCUUGACGCCAGAGGCCACAAGGCCACAAGAAGACUUCGUCCUCACGACGACCACCAAUGACCCGCUCAACAUGGUGCCGUCCACCAUACAGCGGACCAACAACAGCCUGAUCGGUGGUCUCAUUGGUGGGCUGGUCGCUGCUGGGUUGUUCUCAUUCAUUGUUGUCGUGUUCGCCGUAUUGGAUAAGCCACCACCACGUAAGUACAACCGGAUGAACCACCGCCACGUAAGUAUAUUGGGAUAAACCAUCAGCACGUAAGUACAAUUGGACAAGCCACCACCACUUAAGUACAAUUGGAUAAGCCACCAGCACGUAAGUACAACUGGAUGAACCACCGCCACGUAAGUAUAAUGGGAUAAACCAUCAGCACGCAAGUAUAAUUGGACAAGCCACCACCACUUAAGUACAAUUGGACAAGCCACCACCACUUAAGUACAAUUGGAUAAGCCACCAGCACGUAAGUGCAACUGGAGAAACUAAGUUUGUUAAAUAUUAUUGUCGAAACUGGAGGAAAAAAAAAUGUGUGACAUAAUGUUCAAUAUCUCGAUAGAAUCAAGACAUUCCAUUCUAAUGGAGAGCAUCUCACAGCACACUGGUCGAUUUAAGGUCUGGGAAUAGUGAUAGAAAAUAUUUUUUUUUUUAAAAAGCAUCAUUAGUAAAAAUAAAAGUGAAGUCAAGAGAGAGAGAAGUGACAUGAGAGAUAAUUGACGUUUCAGAGAAGUGAUGUUAGAAGUGAUGUUAGAAAUGAUGCAAGAUAGAUAUGAUUUUAGAGAGGUGUUGGUAAAUAACAGUGAUAAUAGAGAGAAAUUAAUUUAGAGAGCAGUUAUGAAAGAGUGAAGUGACGAAAGAGAAAAACGUUAGAGAGAAGUGAUGAAUAUGUGUAGAGUGAUGAUAGAGAGACGUGAUGAAAAAGAACAAGUGAUGAUAAAGAGAAGUAAUGAGAGAGUGGAGUGAUGAUAGAGAGAAAUGAUAAAAGCGUGAAUUUAUGAUACAGAGAAGUAAUGAAAGAGUGAAGUGAUGAUAAAGAGAAGUCAUGAGAGAGUAAAGUGAUUAUAGAGAUGAUUGAUGAAAAAAGUGAAUUGAUUGUGGAGAGAAGUGAUGAAAGGGUGAAGUAAUGAUAGAGAGAAGUGAUGAAAAAAAGUGAAUUGAUUGUAGAGAGAAGUGAUGAAAGGGUGAAGUGAUGAUAGAGAGAAGUGAUGAAAGGGUGAAUUGAUGAAAGAGCGAAGUGAAAAACUAGCAAAGUAGUUUUAGAGUAAGUGACAAAAGGGUGAAGGGAUGUUAGAGUAAGUAAAAACAGGGUGAAGGGAUGUUAGAGUAAGUAAAAACAGGGUGAAGUGAUGUUAGAGAGAAGUGAUGCAAUUGGAAAAGUCGAAAUCCGCGUUUUGUUGUUUGUCGUCGUUUUAAAAAAAAAAAUCACUUAAAUUUUUUUAUAUCUUUUUCAGCUCGAAAAUCCAAAGUGAGUACGAACUAAAGCUACCAAGAGCGAUACAUUCCAUGACCAUCUGAAACAUGAAAUGAUGCUUCAAUGUGCUUGAUGAAAACAUCGCUGAUUCUAAAAAUAAAAUGUGAUCAUAAUAUAUUAAUUAUAAAAAAAAAAAAAACUUCUUAUAUGAAAGGACAUUGCCACUAAGUUUUUAGAAAGAACUUGUCCGUGUGGUGGCCCUGAUGUUCUUGCGUUUUUUAACCUUAGAAUCUUCAUGAGUUUUUAGAAUUUAAAAAAAAAUUUUUUUUUUUCAAACCAAAGAAUGUUCAUAUUUGUGUUUGGUUCCCGUAACACACUGAAGGUUUCAAAACGGUGGAUGCUGUAAAUAUUAUUGAUUGUAAAUGGCCUUGAAUGUAAAUGGUCUUACAGGCAAUAUCUUGAGACUUAGGUCUAAUGUAAGGAUAUCCCGUGUCUUGCCUGCGUCGGAAGAAACUAUUGCUAGCUCAUUCUUGGUUAUUUAUCGCAUAUGGUUUCACUUGAUAUAGUUACUGGAUGAAAUUCAAAGCCAACAGUGUUGUCUCCAGCAAUUAAAUCACAUUUUUUAUGAUUCAAUCACUGUCAUGUGAUCAUAUCUAAAAAAAUUCUUAUUGUAAUGGAGAAUAAACCAAACCACAUAAUAUAGUCGAUUCACAGAUAUUAUCCAAAAAAAAAAACAACAACAAAAAAAAAAAAAAAAAAAAAAAAA